GUGUUGGGCCAGUCGGUCGGUCCCUAGGCUCACCGGGACGGCAGUCAUCUUUCUAAAAAUGGCCUGUCGGCCCCAGCGCCAGCCCGCCAGCCCGCCAGCCCGGGCGCUCUCCCGCUGCGCUGCGUGACAUAAUCUCGCUCGAAACAGUUGACAGACACCCCCAACGUCAUCGCAAAUCUAACAUCUCCAUCCUCAAUUUGCGACAACGACGGCUGGCCCUGAGCAUCAACAACACCCCUAACCCCCCAAUACCAAGAGUUUGAAUAUCUUUCCCACCAACCUCCCAUGGACCCUUCCAAACCCCUCGGCCCUGCAUCCUCAUGAUGAUAGCCAGCUCAGCCUCCCCGGUCGGGUCCGAGAUCUUCUCUCUGAUUGCCCUGUUAAUCUUCUCCGCCAUCACCCUCCUAGUCCUCCGCCACUAUCUACCCCUCCGAACAACGCCUGCAUUCGUCCUUGUCACCGUAUUCUUCGCAUUAUGGCUCCCGGCAUGUAUCGUCCUCCUUGUGCCCAUAGAUCUGGCCUCCAACGCCAGGACCGAUGAUGAGGCCACACGGGGCAUAUGGCUUCCACAGAGGGUCAUCCAGACUUGCUGGCGCAUCGCCUACUGGCUCACCUUCACCCUCACAUGGUUCAUUCUUCCCGUGCUUGCCGAAUACUCCGACGCUGGAUACCGAGACCCGAAGGGAAAGCUGAUGUACUCGCUACGGUCGAACGCCCAAUAUUAUGCCAUGGUUUUUGGAUUUGGCAUAAUAGCCUUGAUAUAUGUCUUUACUUCCUACGGCAUACACCUCGACUCCCUCAAGAGCCCCGUCAUGGCUCUCGCGUACUGCUGGGGUUUAGUCCUGGCAAUCUACCUGAUGGGUCACGGACUCGUCAGCAUCCCCCGCCGCCUGAUACGUAGCUUCAGCAUCAGCGGGCGGUUGCGCCAGUUGCAGUCUGCGGCUCCUAGGUUAUACGAGCAGCUGGAGGAGGCCGAGAUGAACCUGGCAGAUCUCGAGAUACAGGUGGCCGAGUUGUGCCAACGCAAGACCGGGUCAGCCGUCGAGUUUCAGGACUGGAUCGAGGAGCUGAUGGAUUCUACAAAUCUCCCCGAGGAACAGCCCCGGACGACAUCUGCUCUGGGCUCUGGCGAGGCAAGGCGGGUCCCCACGGUCAUCACGGAGAAGUACAUGGCAGAGCUCACGCGAGAGCUCACCCGCGCGCGACACGCCCGCUCUCGAUAUGCCAACGAGUGGAACCGUCUGCUUCGGAGAGCCGCAGAGACACGGGCCAUCCUGGACUCUGGUGGCUCCAAGAAGCUCGAAUUCGGGGGCACGGCACCGCACGCUUCGUGGUGGGAGCGGGUCUCGGUGCUCACUCCGUACACGAGACACGUCCUCCACUUCCAUAUUAUGCCACAUGUCAGGCUCGUCUUUGGUGGGUUCCUGGCUCUAGCCUCGAUUUUCAUCGUCUGGUCCGAAGUCAUCAAGGCCGGACCUGCCGCCCUCGCCGAUCUGUCCAUCAUUCGCCUGACCGUGGUGCAUCACUGGACUGGUGACAAGGGGCAGGUUGGGUUCGCUGGCCAAAUGAUUGCCGUAUUUUGGAUAUCCUACAUGUGCGCUGCUGCCUUGAUCUCCAUCACUGAGGUCAAAGUAUGGCGUGGUCGCGCGCUGGUCUAUCGAAACACCUCCCAUGAAUCGGCGCUGUGGUAUUCGUCUUACGUGGCCCGUCUCAGCGUCCCACUGUCUUACAACUUCAUCUCCUUCUUGUCCAAGGAUGUCUACCAGAAGACACGAUUCUAUGACUUCCUCGGCCGGCUCAUCGAUCUGACAGCCCUGGGAGGCUGGUUCAACCGCUUGUUUCCACUAUUUAUCCUUCUGCCAAUAAGCGCCACCCUGUUUGGCCUCUACGGCAAAGUGAAGCGAACAAUCGGUCUCGCCGACUACAUCGAUGAUGACGAAGACGAGAAUCAAAUUGGUUACGGCACUGGAUCAUGGCGGGAAGGCCGUGACCUCAUCGAGCGCGAGCUCAACGGGACCUCGAUCGGCAGAUCAAGGGAUGUUGCGGGGCCGGGUGGAGUUGCCAACGGCGGCGCAGCCACGAGGGCCACGCCUGUGCGCUCCAUACCUGGCCCAUCGAGCCGGCCGGGCGCCCCAACAACACCGCUGGGGACGUCACCUAAUAUUGGCAGGGUGGAGUCGCCUGCCACAGCCGCCAGCUCGAGGCGGGUUGGACAGAGGCAGCACAGAAGACUCGGAGACGACGAGGAUGAGGACGACAACUUCUUCUCACAGCUCGGAACGCGCAUCAAGAACACGGUCGACACGAUCGACACGCCCAACUGGCUCCAAGAGAUCGUCAAGAAGCCCAAGUGGAUGGGUGGCGACGACGACGAGGGCGGUCCGGCGUCUGGGUCGGGCAGCAAUAACACGGAUAUACGGCGUUGGUUCGGAGGUGUUAGCGAUGGGCGUAUCAGGCUGUAAUUAUGGGUGUCAUGGACUCACAGGCGUUCCUUACCAGGCAGACCUAAGCGCUUGAUCUGGUCCUUCUUUCCUGUUGAGCCUGUUGCCUGGUGUGCCUUGUUUCGCGACUUGGCCCGCUUCCUCAAAACAGGCCGACCUUGAUCAUGGCUUCGAUUGGAGCGCUUUGGAAUCACGCAGAGUGGACAAGGCAAAUGAAACGGAGAAGAAACCAUGCUCAAAGGGAGGACCGGACAUGCGUCAAGCUCUUCUUUAACGGGGAAAAUAUAAGCCUGGGGCCUGACUUGUAUUUUGCUUUUACCAUUUUGCUUUUUGGGAUAAUAGAUUAAUACUGAAUAUAAACAUUG